AUUUCCUGUAGCAGAGCGAAGAUUCACGGAGCGAGUCUUAUUUCAUUCAGAAGAAAGCGUGAUUGGGAUAUUUGCUGCACUUCAGAAGAAUGUCUAAACUUCCGACGUUCCUGUCAGCUUUUGACAAGCUGUUGACAGGUCAUCCAGUCUAUUUUACUAAUUCGUUGCUGGUUGUCCUGUCAGCUGGAGGCGAAAAAUUUUUUCAGUCUGUCGCUUUUAAAUGUCCGAAAGAUCGUGCUGUAGCGCCGUGGUACGGAUGGCUUUUUUUAAUUGCUCCUCUCUUUGUUUUGCUUGUUUGUGGUAUGGUUCUGAAUGAAAAUCUGUGGCGAGUAUAUCAUGGUUAUCGUAAACGUAGCAAAGGAACUGAGUUGAGACGAGGUCAUCGGUGUCGCAGCUUCUGGUUCACUUUCUUCCGUUCUCUCAUAGUUCCCAGCGCCUGGCUCUUCGUGUCCCUUUUAGACGGAACCUAUAUCAUCUGCAGCCUGGCAGAGGAACCAGAGAAAGAAACGGAAGAAACCCUCCGCAUCAAAGCUUUCUCUCAGAUGGUUGGCUGGGGAUAUCUGGUUGUAGUGGUAAUAGUAGGAAGUGCAGUCACUUGCUGCAUGCGUUGUAACGACAAGAAAACCUUCCUGGAGCUCCGCUAUGUGGAAGUCUACAAAAAAUUAGAGAAGGGGGAAUUAGAAAAGAAAAUGAAUGAAAAAGCACAAAAAAUAGCUAAGGAAAAUGUGAAUUCACUAUUUAGUGAAGACUUGCCUCCAAAGAGAACUUGGGAUGAAGUCACACUGCCUAAUGAUUCAAAAGUUUCAUAUUAUACACCGCUCCAUAAGUGGAGCGACCAAGCAAAACGUAAGGAAGAUAGUACCGAGAAUAUCGAAAGUGGUGAGAAGCAAAGCAGCGAUCCCUCUUCACUGCGGAAAGCUGAAGGUAUCAAGAAUGGCAGCAGCGCAUGUAAACAGCUAAGCGAUGGUGGUACCAAAAACAGUACACAGCAAGAAAAGGAUGGUGCCCAGAAAGGCAUCAUGGAUUCAACACAAUGUUGAAACAACUGCACUAAAAACGUCUUCAUUUAAUUAGAAAGUAGAUAAAUGUGCCAAAAACUGCAUUGGAGGUUUUAUACAACGAUUUCCCCAAACUUUUUUACAUACUCUCUAAUAAACAUACCAGAGAACGCCUCCCAUGACAAUGGCGUACAAAAGUUAAGAAAUUUUAAUUUUUGGCAUGAAUUUAGCAUUUUUAGGAGCAUAUCUAACUAGUCAUCCUUAGUGAGUUAUUUGGUGAGUAUUUCCUGGUACAUGUUUAAUAGUAUUCGAAAAUCGAAUUUGUGUUUUAGAAGCUUGUUCUCCAUCGAUUGAAACAAAAAUUUAACACAAAACUACAUUUGUAGUCACAAAACACCAUACCAGAUUUGAUUUAUUUAAGUCACUGUGAUUUUGAAUUAUCGCGUUAACAUUUUUCUGAAAGUAUAGACCGGCAGAACUCAACUCUUUGUUGGUUUUGUCUGAACCUUUCAUAGGUGUUCUACAAUAAAGAUGUUGAAUCCGUGCAUCGAAUUUUAUUUAUUUAGCGCUCUCUUCAUUUUGUAGUUGUGUUAACUUAUAAUCAAACAGAACACACACAUUUUUUACAACUAAUUAUUAGAUCCAUUUUCCACCUGCUGUCAUGCUGACAAUGUCAUACAGCGCCGUGUCAGAACCGAUCUUCCCAUGAUGAAACUGAGUACAAGUUCGAAAAUAUAAGUAAUGAUAGAUAAACUGUAAAAUGAAUGCUGUAAUAUAGCAGAUGGUUUCAAAUAACACGUUAAACUAAGUGCAUCCGUGAUUCUUUUUUUAUUUAAAUGACCAGUUUAUAUGUAGGUAAGAUUGAAAAAUAUUCAUAUGUAAACAGUACGUGAUUCGUAUUUAAAUAUUUCUUUCCAAAAAAAAAGAAAAAAAGCCGCUGAAUGAAGUUCUGUCUUCCAGAUAUUUCAAAAGAAUUCAACUGGGUGUAAUGAUACUGCCCAAAGAUCUUGUUGUAUUGUCAAUGUGGACUGCUGAUUAUGAUGAAAUUUAUUUAAAAAAUAAUAAAAUAGCAACAAGCAAUUAUUGUCAAAUAAUAAACUUUCUUGUAAAUUUGUUGAUGAGAAUCUCAUUUAUUCCAUUGUUUGUACUUAAUUUAAAUAUUUUAUAAUAUUUUUGGAGUUUUUUUUAUAUCACUAUUUUUACGGGAUGAAAUGAUGAAAUGUAUAUAUCUUGUGUAUUUUCAAUAUUACAUGCAAUAAAAAUUUUACUAUUUUUCUAAA